UUAUUUCGGGAAAUGGUCGAUAGUGAAGCUGGCAGCGAUCGUUGAUGUUUGCGGAACAAAUGUUCAUACAGAUCAAUGAAGUUGAUUUAGUCUGAAAACGGAUCUCUGGAGUCAUGGCUUCUACAUCACAGACUGCCUUGGAAUAUCUGAGCAAUGCCAGAGUUCACCUUGUUGGAAAAUUAAGGAACCACUCAGUAAUUCUUGAGAACUUGUAUCAACAAGGAAUUCUUCAUGAUGAAGAGGUCAGCAAGAUAAAGACAGAGAAAGAUGACUAUGAUAAAAACAGAGCAUUACUGGACUCAGUCAUUAAAAAAGGUGAAGCAUCCUGCUACCAGUUACUGAGGAUUAUUGACCAGACGAGGAGGAGGACCUUAGAGAGACCAAAUAGUGAUGAAACUACGGCUAAAGAGUUUAACCUGCAUCAAUGGAUCUGCUGCUUUUCAUUUAAAGAAGAAGCAGAAACUGAUACAAACUACCUACAAGGGUCAAGACCAUGCCACAGAUAUCAGUCUAAGUUGAAAUCAAAAGGAAAUAAAUUAUCAAAAGAUUUCUGGAAGGCCAGUAAUAAACUUUUUCAGAACAAGAAUCCUGAUCUGUCGUACACUCCACUUGUUUUAGAUACAAAUGAUAGAUGUUCUCCAUCCAAAAUAAAGAAAUGUAAAAACAAGAAAAGCAAACUGAGUCGUCCCAAAAAGUUAAGGACUUACAUUCCAGAAGACAUACCAGAAAUCUCCCCCACUAGACUCCUGGAAAUGGAUAAAGAUAUACUCCUGGUUGGAAAACCUGGAACUGGAAAGACGGCUCUGAGCCAUGAAAUGUUGAGACUGUGGUCAGAGAGAGACGACAAGGAGCUGGAUUACAUGUUUUACUUUGACAUGAGGGAAAUUACCAACAUCCCACUGGACAUGAGUUUGGAGGAUCUUCUGUUUAAUUGUUACAGUGAACCAGAUGAGGGCAGAGAUGAGAUAUUAGAAGAUAUAGAGAGAAACUCUGAAAAUGUCACAAUCAUUUUAGACGGAGUCACUGAUCUCUCUUCAUCGGUUAUGAAGAAACUUGUAGAGAAAGAUCUGCUCUCUGAUGCAAAAAUCAUCAUCACCUGCAGACCAGAUGAUGAGGAAGAUCUCUGUCUAGAAGACUGGUUCAGGGUGGAGGUGAAAGGCUUCAGUGAGGGAACAAUAAAAACAUAUCUGUCUAAAGCACUGGGUGAAGAUCAUCAGGAGGUUCUGAGUAACGUGGAGCUGUUGACUCUUUCUCAUGUUCCAAUGUAUGCUCUGAUGGUGGCCGCCAGCUUUUCAUCAGGUGUCUCUCUGCAGCCCAAAACUGUCACUGAAAUAUACAUCAAUAUUGUUCGGUUUAGUCUCCAGAUGAACAGCAACAGAACCAGGAUGAAGAAUCUCAAUCAGUUCAUCAGAACCAAGAGAGAUGAAAUCAUGUCUCUGGCUGAAGCUGCUUUUUAUGCAACUCAAAGAAAAACUGUGAACCUGGAAGGACUUUCCUUUGAGGACAGCUGCAUCCUUUCCUUCCUGAAAUCACUUGAUGUCAACAUCACUUGUACUAAAAAAGCUGUGAAAUAUGCUUUCCUCCAUUACACCAUGCAGGAGUUCUUUGCUGCUCUGUGGCUUUUAACGAAUCCAGAGAAGAUCAGGGAGGUUUUUCAGCAGAGCUUCACUGAGGAGAUGAAACACAUGAAACAUGUGAUCCCUUUCAUGUGUCAGCUGUUAAAUGAGGAGAACCCCAGUUUGAUGAGCUGUCUGGUUCCAGAUGAAAAGCUAGUAGAAACACAGGAAUGGUUCUUCAAACAGAUGAUUGACACGUUUUUUCAAAAAGCUCAUGACUCUGAGCUUUAUGUUGACACACUGUUCUUAUGCCAAUGUCUGUAUGAGUCCCAGAGCUCUGAAGACUGUAUCGCCUUUCUGGACAAACUGAACUUCCAUCUGAACCUCAGUGGAGAGAAUCUGGACCCUCAUUCCUGCCAAGCUGUGGCCUUUAUUGUCACUCAGUCAAAGGAAAGGAAAAUAAGUCUGAACCUAAAGGAUGUGACGCUAUCUGAACAAGGAAUGAGACAAUUACUUAGAUGCCUUCAACACGUUAAAUGGUGUGACCCUCUGCCUCAGCAGCUGUGGAGGGUUGUCCUUCUCAGUAAUGGGCAGACGGGAUAUAAAACAUUACUGGAUCUCUGUGAAAACCAGCUGCAUCUUUCAGUCGUAGAUAAAAAGAUGCUGUUUGAAAAUGCAGUGAAAGUCAUGCAGAGGGAAGAUGCAAAGGUCACCGUCUGCCUCCACUGGGUCCGAGGAGUUACUGUCUGCCAGAGUCUAAGUGAAUGCCUGUUACAGGCUCUGCCAAAGAUCAGUAAUCUCAGUAAGUGGCCCCUGUCAGCGUAUCCUUUAACAAACAGCCAGUACAGAGUGGUGGACCAGCUGGGCCCCGGCAGGUCAGCGGCUGUCUUCAGCUUCCCCUCCUGCCUACUGGCCGCUGGGACGUUCAGGUUCCUCCUGCUCCAGACUGCGGAGGAGGCCUCGGGUCGGAGUGCUCUCAGUGUCCGGGUGGAGAGCGCAGGGAGGCGGAGAGGCCAGGCUAGAGCUGAGCGGCAGCCCAUGGUUCAGACUGACAGCACCGACUGUUGA